AUGUACGAGUAUUUAAAACGUGAAUUAUUAAAAUACUUCGGGGAAAGUCAGCAGCGCAGAAUCCAGCGCUUGCUCGAAGAAAUGGUGCUGGGCAAUCAACGACCCAGUCAGCUGUACAACGCCAUGCUACGUGUAGCAGGAAAUUCCUUUUCCGAAGAUGCGCUUCGUGCAAUGUGGAUCCAACGUUUGCCAGAACUCGUUCGUGCAUCUAUAAUUGCACGAGAAGGCCCAAUAGACGUACAGAUAGCAGUUGCCGACGCAGUAAUGGAGACGGUAUCCCAGCGUCAAGUUUGUGCUAUCUCGGAAACAUCGGCGUCAACUGCUCCGUCAACAGAGGUAGCAACUACGUUGGCGAAAAUCACAAGCGCCGUUCAUCAAUUGCAAAAAAGGUUCGACGAUUUGAAUACUCGAGGGCGCAGUCAUCGUCGCAAUCCUCAACGCACCCGUUCACGCAGCCGUCGCUGCAGCAGUCAGCGUUCUGAGCCGCCAAAUUCUCAGGAAUGUUGGUAUCACCAAACAUUUGGGGACGCAGCAACUUGCUGCCGCAGCCCCUGCGGUCGACGCCAACGAGGUGGUGCCGAGCAUGAGAGCAGCAGGCGAGAUUGA